AUGGCAGCCCUCAUCCGAAAAAUCUUCCACCGCAAGAACAAAGUGCCCCUCGCCUGCAGCGAGAUCAUGCUUGAAGACCUCGACCACGUGCACACAGACGCCUGCUUCCUCGACAUCCAGCCGCUGCUCGUCGCCGAGCUCUUCCAAUCGCAGGGCUGCAAAGUGUGCGUCAAAAACGUGCCGCAGAUCCACUCCGCCGUGACAAACAACCCCAACGUCGCGCUGCUCACCUUCGACGUGACCUACUUUGACCGCACGGAGUGGCAGGAUACCUUUGCGCGCAAGACCUGGGACGCGCGGCAGCGCGCCUAUGUCGGGCGGUGGGGGCGGAACUCGGUGUUUACGCCGCAGGUGGUGUUUGAUGGGGUGGUGGACGGGACCGGGGAGAGCGUGGAUGCGCUGAUGGGGUUGGCGGCGCAGGCGCGGGAGAUGAAGAAGGCUCGGGGGUGGAAUAUGGUUCUGGAUGCGAACGAUACGGAGCUGCGGAUUGAUACGGAUCGGGCCGAGUCGGUCCCGCAUGAUAUCUUGCUGGUGGCGUAUGAUCCCAAGGUGCAGACGGUGCGGAUUGGGAAGGGGGUGAACAGGUGGAAGAAGCUGAAGCAUGUGAAUGUGGUCAAUAUGGUGAUGAAGAUUGGGGAGUGGCAGGGGGGGAAUCUGCAGAUGGCCCUGCCGGAUUUGUCCGAGGCUCGUGGGAGGGGGUUGACUGUGCUGGCGAUUGUUCAGGAGCCGUCGGGGGGCCCGAUUGUGGCAGCGCAUAUCUUGUGA